AUUGAUGUUACUUGUUUUUCUCUUCUACUUCAAAGCAUAGUUAACAUUUAUGAAGCUGUCCUUACACAAAGGUUCCUAACUGCUAUCACAACAAGUUGAUGCAAUCACCUUAUCACACACACAAAAAACACUUUGAUGCAGUCAUAGUUCAAUUCCACUGUUGGUGAACUUGUAAUUCUUUCAGAUGGCCUUAACAGGAAGGCUACCUUUUGUGCUCAUAAGAAAUAUGUAUUUGUUGUUUCAUCCCUAAAUGUUCUGCAUGUCAUGCUUUAACAUUGUUAAUGCUCAUAAAAGUUACUUGAACCUGGUAUUCCAUCCUCCCCGAUAGCAUGGAAAUGCUUUAACAUACUUAUCUUCGCUGAUACAUGUGGAUUUGACACUGCCAUCAAUCUUAAUUAAUUCUGCUCAUCAAUAUUUUUUAGUUAAUUCUUGAAAAGACAAGCGCUAGUGGUAGAGGCAGAAACAAAUCUCGUGUAUGAUCUUAACCUUUUUCUGGUGGUUAUUGAGUACUGACUGUUACUGAUCAUAGACAUUCAUAGUGUGCAGGUUCGACGAGAAUUGUGAUUACCAACUCUUACAAUCAAGACUUCCAACAUCAUUGGUCCUCAACCGGCAGGCCAUUUAUCCCACAAAAUAAUGGGGGCUGGGAGAAAGACGACAACAGUGGGGCUAAAGGAGAAAAGCGAAUACACGUCGACAGUUAAUGGCAGUACAUCAGCUAGGAAUCUGAGAAAGGCCGACCUUGGAUCAGUAAUUUUUGGAUGCAAGCAUUUGACAUAUAAGGAAUGCAUGUUCAAACAGUUAUUUGGUUUACCAGCUCCUCAUUUCUCAUAUGUGAAGAAUAUCAACAUUGGCUUAACUCUAUUCCUAUUCAACUAUAGUGAUCGAAAGCUCCAUGGCAUCUUUGAGGCUGCUAGCCCUGGGCAGCUGAAUAUCAAUCCGUAUGCGUGGACGUCUGAUGGAACAGAGAGUACACCAUAUGCAGCACAGGUAAGGAUCCGAGUGCGGAAGUUGUACCAUCCCUUGACUGAAAAUCAGUUUAUCUCAAUCAUUGGUGACAACUAUUUUGCACCAAAGUUGUUUUGGUUUGAGCUGGAUCGAAGCCAAACCAAAAGAUUGGUUGACUUGUUUUCAUCUUUGCCAGCCUUUAAUGAUGUCAUUAGCCUGCAAAUUCCAUCUAAGUUGAACCAUCCUUUCAAAAGUUCACCAACGACUGGGCCAAUAGAUGCAGUUGGUAAAAUAGAAGACUGGGAGAACUUAGAUCAUGAUGGUUGGGCAGAUACUCCAAGAUUGGUGAAUACUGAUACCACUGGGAACCUAAAUUAUGAGAAGUCACAUGCCUCUGUGCUAAGAAGCACUAGUGCAUCCACAUCAGUAAUCGAACCCAUGGCUAAUUCACAGAAGUUGUGGAGUUCAUUGUUCAAAUCAUCAGCUUCUGAUAUGAAUAAGAUGGAUCCAACUUCUAACAUGGACAAGACAGAUCCAAUGCUGAAUUCAUCUUCACAUCCUAGUUCACCAUUCCCAGAUAAAGGUAGAAUGGAUUGGGAAUCAUGCCUUCCAUCUUCUGUUGACAAAGAUGGACAAAUGUAUCAGGCUUGGGGCUUAAUGGAACAUGAAGAACGUGUUGAAUCAAUAUCAAGCUUUGUCAGUUGUUCGAUGCAGAAUCAAUCAAUCCCCUCCAGUCAGCAGAGCAAGUUGUCUGAAAGGCAAUACACGGGACAGGAGAGUGAACAUUCUGAGCUCACUGUUUCUGAGUUGAAUCUUCAGAAGCUAAAUGAACUGAAUAUUGAAUGGCAGUCAUCCUGCGGAGGAAGUCAGCAUGCAGAAUCUUCUAUGGACAAUGAUAAUGUGGAAGUGCCGGAUGAUGGACCAACAAGUUUAAUGGGCUUACAGGAGGAAGGCCAAAGAGAUAUUUCUCAAACAUCUUUUGCUAAUAACAUUGGUUCUGAAGAUAGAAAUUCUGAAGUGCUAGGGAUGCUCAAACAAGUGAACCCUUCUGAUCCUUUAGCCCUUGUAGCUAAGUUAAUGGGAGAAGUGGAGGGAUUGAAGAGAUCUAAGAUGGAACAAGACCGGAAAAUGAUGAUUCUGGAGCAAGAGCUGGUUCAUUACAAAUUGGAACUGCGACAAUUCAUGAACAUGCUUAAUGAAUUGGUACCUGGGCUGUUGUAUGCCUCAAGGGCUCUUGAGGAAGUACACGUACCACGAGGACAACUUCCUCCAGGAAUUAAUGAUUCCGUGGUCAUUGUGGGAUAUAAUGGCUCUUCAUGGAUGCCAUCCUUGGAUUCCUACUUUCCUUCGCACGAUCGUGUGGAAACACUUAGCCAGAUGACCUUUCCAAGAUCGCAUGCGGCGGCAGUGAAAUUAAAUGGUGAACUUUUUGUACUUGGUGGGGUGCAUAAUAAUGUGUAUUUCAAUACAGUUGAAUCGUACAAUCCAUUGAGAAAUCAAUGGAGUCAACAACCUUCAUUGAAUGAGAAGAAGGGCUGCUUAGCUGGAGCUUCUUUGAAUGACAAAAUUUUUGCUUUUGGUGGUGGAAAUGGUGUUCAAUGUUUUUCACAGGUAGAAAUGUUUGACUUGAACCUUGGACAUUGGAUCUCUGCUCAGUCAAUGAUGCAAAAGCGGUUUGCUCCAGCAGCAACAGAUAUUAAUGGUGCUAUAUAUGUUGCUGGUGGUUAUGAUGGGAAGGCUUAUACGAAAUCUGUUGAAAGAUUUGACCCGAGGGAACAUACAUGGACUACAGUGGGAUGCAUGAAAACGAGGAGGGGAUGCCACUCUUUGGUUGCCUACAAUGAGAAGUUAUAUUCCUUGGGUGGUUAUGAUGGAGAGAAGAUGGUUUCAUCUGUUGAGAUACUUGAUCCACGGUUUGGUUCAUGGGUGAUGGGAGAGCAGAUGAACGGUCCCAGGGGUUACUCUGGAGCAGUUGUGAUAGGAGGAAAAAUAUUUGUAUUUGGCGGGGUAAACGAUCAAGAGGAAAUUCUAAAUUCGGUUGAAUGCUAUGAAGAUGGCCAUGGUUGGCAGAUGACUAACUCGAAGACUUUAGGGAAGAGAUGUUUCUUGUCUGCCCUCGUCUUGUGAGUUUGGGAAGAAUAUCUCAACGUUUUGGUGCUAAUACAUGUAAUGUAUUGUCAUAUAGUAUGACACAGGGUAAUGACUUCACUGCACAUAUUGCUGAUCCAAAUCUGUAAAUGAUUAGUUAGUAUAUAUAACUAGUGUCUAGUGAUAUAUACACUGGUACACAAGUAGUGCCAAGCUCAUGUGUGACUGUCUUAAACUCCAUGCUUUUGCCGCUUCACUGAAAU